UGCGGGCACUCCUACGAUCCUGCUUGCCUGCUUGCGCUCUUCGAGGUCUCGACACGCGACGAGUCCCUCUUCCCUCCGCGAUGCUGCACCCUCCCAAUUCCCUUGCGGCUUGCCAUAAAUCACAUGACUACCGAGUUCUCAAAACUCUUCUUCGAAAAGUCCAAAGAAUACAGCACGCCAAAGCGUGUAUACUGCGCAAAACCGUCGUGCAGCCGCUUCCUCGGGCCGCAGGUCGAAGGCACAUUCGUGACCGCGCGCAUCCUGAAGUGCACGUGCGGGGCGAAGACGUGUCCGUGCUGCAAGGAGCUCGUCCAGCACGGCGCCAAGCACGCGUGCAAGGUCGAGCUGGACGCGGCGGACCGCGCGGUGCUCGCGCUCGUCGAGCGCGAGGGGUGGGCACGCUGCCCCGGCUGCGGCGCGCUGGUCGAGCGCACGCAGGGGUGCGACCACAUGGUGUGCAAGUGCAGAACGAAUUUCUGCUACCAGUGCAAGAUGAGGAGGGAGAGCUGUAGGUGU